AUGGACAAAUCAAGGCCCUUAUGGCGGGCUUCAGUCCGAAAACCUCCUACCCGGACCCUCACAACCUCCCGCCCCCCCUUCAUCUGCCAACAAUGUCUCCACCCUGGCCCUCGGAAACCACUACAACCUCUCCUCCGCCGCCACCAAUCCAACCACCAACCCGCCGACGACCCAACCUUCAAAUCCAUCGUCGACAACCCCCCGACUCUAGUCCGCUCCGGCCGAAAACACAACCGCUACGGCCUGGCACUCCUCGCCUCAAUUCCCCUCAUCUCCUUCGCCUUGGGAUGCUGGCAAGUCCAACGCCUAACCUGGAAAACCGACCUAGUCGCCCGCUUCGAAGACCGCUUAGUCCGGGACCCCCUCCCGCUCCCACCGCAGAUAGAUCCCGAUAUGAUCCACGAAUUCGAUUACAGACGGGUAUAUGCCCGCGGGGUGUUUAGGCACGAGGGGGAGAUGCUGAUUGGGCCGCGGUUGUUCGACGGGGAGGAUGGGUUCUUGGUUGUUACGCCGUUGGAUAGACGGGGGGAGUUUAGGGGUUUCCAGGGGAAUUCGACGGUGUUGGUGAAUCGGGGCUGGAUUAGUAAGGAGAAGGCUGCGCAGGGGAAGCGAAGAGAGGGUCUGCCGACGGGGGAGGUGGUGGUACAGGGGUUGUUGCGGGAGCCGUGGAAGAAGAACUCCUUCACGCCGGAGAAUGAUCCGGGGAGGAAUCUGUGGCACUUCCCGGAUGUCUAUCAGAUGGCUGAACAUGUUGGGAGUCAGCCGGUUUGGAUCGAGGAGACGAUGGCUGCGGAUCUACUCAUGAGUCUGGAUCGGAAGGACAAGGGGGUGCCGAUUGGCCGGCCGGCGGAGGUGAAUCUGAGGAAUAAUCAUGUGCAGUAUAUUUUCACGUGGUUUAGUUUAAGUGCGGCUACGGCGGUGAUGAUGUGGAUGGUUGUUAAGAAGCCUGUUACACGGGGGAGAGUUGGGGGGGUGAGGAGGAAUACGGGAUGGUAG